GGGACGGAUCGUGAUCGUGACACCUCGAACGCGGGUCGAAUGUUUUUGUGCGACGGAACGCUUUUCCAAACUCACCUUUCUACUUUCCUGGAUAGGCGCCUCGUGAGCGUCUGAAUGUGACUCGUUCGAAAGAAGAACCAUAAACUAAUUGUUACGCUGGAUUAGGUUGGAUGAAAACGGAAUCGAAUCGUAAAAGAGGAGACGGUGUUUUUUUGCGUUGUGCAAGGCAAUCAAAGUUGAUGGGAAAAAAGUGAUCAAAACCGAAUUGAAUCAAACUAAUCGAAUCGAUUGCGGCAAACUUGUGACUGGAUUAUAACAGGGUAGCAAUUGAAAAAAAAAAAAACUAAGAUCAGUUCAGAAGCCGUUCGAGAAGAGAGUUUUUUGCGAACUACGAUGGAGUGCCUACCAGCUGGGUCAAAACAAAACAGUGAAGUUGUUUUACGGCCUGAUGGGCUGCUAAGUAUGAUUGAUUGAGCUUCAAACAGUUUUGCUUCGAAAAACGAAGCGAUUGAUAAUAAUUGAACAGGUUGUAUUUUCUCACGCCGAAACCAUAAUUCGGCACUUGGUGCCAAGUGGAAUCAAUUGAAAAACGGUUUUGAAGUGGAUCAUCAUAACUAUUAGUGCUUGAUCGGUGAGUGGUGGUUCAAUUGUUCGACGAUUUAUCAGGAUUGCGCAAUUGUGUAAAUCUUCGUGUGAACUGAGCAACUGACCGGAAUCGGUCGACCUGCAGUGCAGUCACAAAAGUGUUGCACGGUAUUAAAAAUGAAAUAACCGUCCGAGUAGCAAUCGCAUUGAAAAAAUCAAACAGUGGUGCAAUCGGUGCAUGUUGUGCAAAGAUUUAAACUUGAACACAGUGUUCGAGGCCGUGCUUUGAGCUGUUAUGGAUGGAUAUGGUUGUCUCGCCCAAUGCCAAUGAUUUUCAGGCAAGUUGAAGGAUUUGAUAUUCAGUGAUGUCAAGGAGUGUGAGCUUUUCGAAAAAGUGUAGGUGCUGAUUGCCAUCUAUCUGCGUAACGGAGGCAGCCGCACGAGACUCAAUCAAUUAUUAAAAAAAUCUUACCAUCGCAGAAACAUAUACAAACCGCUCGAUCAGCUGCUGGAACUGACCACACCACGCUUAUGAAACACGAAUUCCCCCCAUUAUCAUCGUCGCGUCAUCGGUCAUUCCGUGAUCGUUAAGCUCGGCCGCCACAACGGUGGAACAAAUGCCUUCGUUUCCACCGGGAAAGCUUGAUUGGACCAAAUUAAGUCAUCAGCGCGCGCCCAGGCGUUUCGGUUGACAGUUUCCAGCAUAAUCUGGGUGUAACAGUUGAGUUGAUUUAAUCGCGGGAAAAUCGUAGAAUUUGUUUCAAGCCUUAUUUAGGUCAUAUGUGGACAGGUGAAGUAAUGGUAAACGAGAAACGAGUGCAACGCAAUCUCACGACAAUUUUGUUUUCAAUUAAAUUCAAUAAGUGACCCGAUUCAGCACACAUAUAGAUACCUUGAUAAAAUGUCAAAAACUCGUGUCGAAUUUAAAUAUUUCUACCACUGAAUUAGUUUUAUUAAGUACACAUAUGUAUAUUAAUGAUACCAUUUUAAUCUUCGAAAGAGUUUACUAUUUGAUCUUCCACCGAUUAGAAAAAUUGUUUGAAUAAGCAACAAACUUUCCAUCCCAAACCGCAGAAGUGCAAUUGCUACAAUUGAUUUCACCGGAGAACGGUGCGGCGCUGCAGAGAGAAAGGAACUGCGCGCGAUGGUUGUGGCCACUGCUGGGGGCAACGAUCGUGACGGAGACCUUCACCUUAAUCCAUUGACAAUAAGCGCGAACGUCGUCGGUAGCAAGAAGAGUCCACCGGCGCUUUCGGUGGUGCAGCGUUUGCAUCAUCUCCGCCCGUGCAGUGGCUAGUGCUUUAGCUGCCCAAAUCUCGGAAAGUCCGUUAUCUUUCCGUCAUGGCUGACAGCCGCGAGCGAAUACGAGGGCCACCGCGUGAUGGUCGCGAAGGUUUUACCAGUCCGCGGCAGGUGCUCAGGCGGUUGAUGCUGCUGUCGGAGGGUCGCCAGUAUCGCGAAGCGGCUACCGUGGUGGGACGGCUAGGGCCGUCAGUGCUGCGCUCCGUUGUGGCGGAACUACCGAUGGACAUACUGAUCGAGGCGUUGCCUCACAGUACCUACCUGCUGGAGUCGUUCUUUAAUCGGUUGAACACCGUGAUUCCUAACCCGAAGCCCGACGUACCCAGCGAGGCAAUCAUGUGGCACCUUGUGAAGCUGUUUAGCAAUCCGCACGAAUCUGGCCUUCGGCAGCGAUGUACCAAGCUGGCUCAGGCCAUUGGCACCUGGCAGCCAUCGUUACGGGACGCAUUGAUGGCACGCCGCAAACAGCUAGAUCAAGCGAUCGAAGGUCUCGGCGUUCACGGUUUGACGGCCGAUCACAGCGGAUCGCUGAUCUCGCUGCACGUGGCACUGAAAAAUGAACUCCAGCGGCACAUCGACACCUACAAAACCGCCAUACACAAACUGGAGGAGCUUAGCACCGUGACGGUUAAUCCAGAUCCUGCCCAAUCCUCCCACCAGCGGUUGCUGGCCAUCAGCCACGGGGACAUCCAGCAGCGGUUAAUUGAUAACAAAACACUACUCACCAUGCUUGACAAACCGGCACUCAAACAGCUCAGCCAGCUGCUGGAAAACCUGACGCAGCGGGUCCAAAACGAUAAGGAGGCGCUGUUCUGCGUGGGACAGAUCCGGCGCAUCGAUACCUCAGCGAACACGGAGGAGAGACCUGCAGCUGGCCUGUUAAUGAACUACUCCCGCGGUUGCGAAGCCGUUCUGGGACUGAUGGGACCCCUGUCGGCACCUAGCAGCCCAACGAGCAAUGGAUGCGGCAGCGGAAGCGAUGGUUACCACUCCGAUUCAGACACAGACGAAACUAAUUCCGAACUGGUGCGACAAUACGGUACGAUGUAUAGCAAGAACCGAAUCGACACGUUGGAUUCGCUCAAUAGUUUACCGCAGCUGAAACACGCCCACCAGCUCAAAGCCAAGAUACUGUUCUCGAUUAUUGUGUUGGCAUUUCGCGCCUGCCAUGGCCUGAAGGAACGCAAAGUACUCGAAGUGCGCCGAACGUUGCACGUGCUGGAUGCGAACGACGACGCGACGGCCGCGCUGGACCGGGCCGUUCGGCAGAAUCUCAAAGACACCGCCGACCGGUUUCCGAUGGGCGACGUCGAGCGACAGGUUGCCAAUCAGGUGCUGUCAACGCUGCAUGAGUAUCCUUGCCUGGAGGCUUGCAUCCCGUUGAUCCACUACAUCAGCGACUGUGUGCGGCUGGCUUGGAAGAUGACCAACCAAACGGUGCCCUACUACCUGGAUACGGAUUUUACAUUGGGCCUUCUCCAACCGGAGAAACACGAACGCUAUCCCAUCUCGGAGAAGCGGUCCGACAUCAUCCGGGCGUUCCUGUGGCCAGCUUUAGUUCAGAACGGGCGCUGCGUUUACAAGGCCGUAGUCGCUACGUAACCCAACACAUUACCAGAACUCAACCAGCAUUUGCUCAAAGCUUUUUUUCCAAUCGAAUUAAACAAGAGAACUCAUAGAAAGGCAUUUGUUAUAAUGUAGACAUUUAUUUGCUGCAACCAAUAAAUCGAAUCAAGAGUUAUUGUUCCAAAUAAUAGCUAAUUAGGUAAUCCAUAAAGCUGAUUUUAAUUACAUACGCACUCUGAGUAUCCAUUAUCGGGUUAUGACAGAUCAUGUACAUAUAGUUGUUAAGAAAAUAUGGAAUAAAGUUUAAGUAUUUUCACCACG